AUGUUCUCCCGAUUCUUCAAGUCCAAAUGCUAUAAGAAAAGCAAAUCAUGCCUGAAUACUAUAAAGGUGAAGGUAGAGAUUAUACAGAGGAAGAGGAAUGCAGUUCAGAAAUUUCUCAAGAACGAUAUCGCAGAAUUGCUGAGACGUGGCCACGAUUACAGUGCUUAUCAAAGGGCUGCUGGGCUUCUGAUGGAGUAUAACAAGUCGUUAUGUUAUGAACUGAUUGAUAAGUACAGUGGCUGCGUUUUAAAUUAUCUUGACGACCUAAACAAGCAGAGGGAUUGCCCAGAUGAAUGCAAGGAAGCUGUACAGACAUUGAUAUAUGCUGCAGCAAGAUUUGCUGAUCUCCCUGAACUACGUGAGCUCAGAGCCCUCCUAACUCAGAAACAUGGCAAUUCUUUCCAACCCUACUUAAGUCAAGAGUUUGUAUCAAAGUGGAGGCAGGACCUGCCUGCAAGAGAAACCACCAUUCAGUUACUGCAUGACAUAGCUGGAGAGUUUUCUCUCCAGUGGGAUAGCAACGCUUUGAUUCAGCAAAUUUAUAGAUCACCUUCGUCAUGUGAAGAGAAGAGUAAAGAUGAAGAAGAAAAGAGCAACGAAGGAGAAGGAAGCAGGAAGGAUGUGAUCAGUAUUUAUGACAGUGGUGGCGAUGAUGAAGAUGAAUCAAGGAGCAUGCGCAGUAGCAUGUGGUCGCAAGAUAGCAAGAAGGCUUCAAGUUCAUCAUCAUCAAGUUCCAGUUCAUUGCCAAGUAUUUCUGAGGACGAUGACGAGGCACAAAACAAUAAGAAACCAUUUUCCAGCGGACUCGUUCCUCCCCCUUAUUCCCUCGUACCAAAACCUAAUAAUGACCAAGUUGAUGAAGAGAAGCCUAAGCCUACGCCUAAGCCAAAGGGCAUAUCAGUUAGAACCAUACGGUCUGGACCUCCGGCAAGGCAUGUUCAUCCUAAGCUUCCAGAGUUCGAUAACUUGACCACCCAACUAGCUUCCAUCAGACAAUCAUAAAACAAACAUCUUAGCUUUUAUAUAUAUAUGAAAUGAUGAUUUAAUUUCUUUAUUAAUGAAUAUUAUUGCUUGCGUCAUAAAACUAGCUAAGUUAUCACGUAUGUUUAUUUGGUUCAUUUUUAUCCUGUCUCUGAAGCUUGGGCCUUAGGAUCUGCUUCGGUUAUACCCUCGCUAGCUAGUUGUAAAUACCAUAUGACUUCAAGGAUACAU